CGUCGCUUCCGGCUGCGCAGGAGGUUGUGCGUAAAAGUCAAUUCCCAUCGCUAUAUACCGCCAUAUUGUUUGCGGCAGUCGCGUACGUAAUUGGUUUGUCUCGUACAUAAUCUCGUCAAGUUUUUCUCUCAUCCAGUGAGCCCCAUUGGGAAAGUUUGCAAACAUUUCGCGAAAAAGCAACAUGAAGAAAACUAAGGACGUCUCAGACGAGGAUGAAUAUUCCGCGGAUGAUCCGGAAGAAGUGGAAGGAGCCUCUGAAGAAGAGUGGACUCCUGAGGCCGGAGCUGAAAGUGGUGCUAAAAAAAGGCCACAAAGAGAAGUUGCUAAAAAACGGCAACAUUCAGAAGAAGAAGAAGAUGAAGAAGAAGAAGAAGAUGAUGAAGAAGAUGAAGAAGAAGAUGAAGAAUCUGAUUCAGACACAGGAAAAAAACCUAAAAGAAAAAGACGGUCUAAAAAAGAAGAAGAUGAAAAAGAAGAUGAAGAUGAAGAAGAUUCUGAUGAUAACAGCUAUAACGAAUCAUCAGGAGAGACGCCAAAAGAUUUUACUUCUGGUGCAUUCGUUGUUGCAAAAGCUGAUAUUGGAAAUACAGAUGGUGGAAAUACGGAUCCAACAUUAUGGAGGAUAGAUGGAAAAGCAUUACUUCAAAAAUUUUUACCUUUUAAAGAAGAUGGAAAAACGUUAUACAAAAGCACAUCGACGUAUUCAGGAUGGUCGGUAAAUAACAAAGAUAAAUACUUGGCUGCACAAGUUACUUUCAAAGUGCAAAGUAGAACAGAAACCAUUGUUGAACUUCACCUUGAUCAACAUCAACAGGAAGUUGUAAAAGAAGAAAAAGAAGACUUCGUUUGUUUAAACACUUUAAUAUCAUUAGUUGUUAAAUCAUUAGGUUUUGCUUCUAAACUCUCCAUAACAUUAGUGUCAGUGUCUAGAAUAUCUUCAAAUGAUCUUUUUGGAUUAGAAGAAUCAAUUUCAAUUAAAUCACCAUCAUGCCCAAAUGCAAAUGAUUUUUAUACUGAAUCAAAAGAUUCACUAGUUUCUUGUUGCUGCUUCAUAAAAUCAUUAAUAGCUAUGCCUUUUAACUUUGAUGGCUGUAAAAAUCUUUUUGGUAUGCGAGAAAAGGAACCAUUUUCUUGUGGACUAUUUGAACAACCACCAAAUCCAAGACCAAGCAAUCUUGUUGUAUUAAUUGAUGUAUUAGGAACAUUGAUAGGUGCAGAUUUAGUCAUGGUUAAUUGUUUUGUUCCUGUAGGAUAUGGAAUAUCCUUAGGCUCACUUGUGUCAUCUCACGGAAAGAAAAACAGAAAACGAAUACUAACAAGGCGACCACGACACGUUGUUGGAAAAGAAGAAAAAUACCGUCAAGAAAGAGAUAAAUCCGAUCAGGAAGAUGAAGUAUCAGAACAAGAAGAAAAUGUAUGGUCCCCCUCUUUUCCUGUUGCUAUGUGGGAUCUCGAACAUUGCGAUCCUAAAAAAUGUUCCGGUAGAAAAUUAGUUAGACAUGGCUUAGUAAAAAUAUUAAGGUUAGGAGCUCGAUUUUCAGGAUUAGUUCUUACACCUAUUGGUCAAAAGUGUGUGAGUCCAACAGAUCGUGAUAUUAUAAAAGAUUAUGGUUGUGCAGUCGUCGAUUGUAGUUGGGCACGUUUGGAUGAUACUCCAUUUAGUAGAAUGAGAACUUCCAAUCCGCGUCUUUUACCGUUUCUAGUUGCUGCAAAUCCAAUAAAUUAUGGAAAACCUUGUCAAUUAAGUUGUGUAGAAGCUAUAGCUGCUACUUUAAUUAUAACAGGUUUUCCUGAAGAAGCAAAAUUUUAUCUCGGAAAAUUUUCUUGGGGUCACUCAUUUUUAGAAUUGAAUGACGAAUUGUUAAAAACAUAUUCACUUUGUACAAAUGCAGAAGAGAUUAUAUCUGCGCAAGAAAAAUUUCUCGUUAAUGCGAGAGAAGAAAAAUUAAAUAAACAUGCUAUUUCAGAUUUUCCACCAGCUAUUUCAGAUUCAGAAACAGAAGAAGAAAAAGAAGAAUCAGUAUCCAUAAAUAUUAUUUCUGAAAUAGAUGAACAAAUAAAAAAUAUAAAUAUAACAUAAAAAUGAUUUGAAUGUAUUUGUGUAUAUUUUCUUUAUAAUCAAAACAUAUUUUUUGAUAUAAACGUUUAUAUUUUGUAUAAUUUCAAUUUUAUUAAUAAUUAAAAAAUGAAAAUUUUUAAUUUACAAAA